UUCCAACUACACGUUUGCACCGCUUAAACCAUGUCCACAACCACUUCCACCGUGUUGCCAUCCAUUCAGUUGGACAUUAACUAUACUGAAAUCAAGAAGUCCUUGAAGGAAUUCUUACAAUCUUUCAAGUCGAGUAUAGAAGAUGUAUCGAUGGAUACCGAUAACGAACUAAUUUAUGGGCCAAAAUACAUGAAUCUUCUCCAACAGGUUUCCAACAGAGAAGUGUCCACUAUUUACAUCGAUUUGAACGACUUAAAGGCGUAUGAGGCCAAUAACGGCUUCGAUGGCCAGAUUCCCAGUCAAGUUACUUCCAGGCUGAAGUUGACAGAUAACAUCCUUGAAAACACUUACCGAUACGUGGAGUUGUUUUCCAGUAUAAUAGACGAAAUCAUGCCCAAUCCCACCAAGGACAUAUCUGCCACCGAUGACGUGUUGGAUGUGAUCAUCCACCAACGGCAAUUGAAGAAUCAGAGGGUUUUACAAGAAACUGCCGAUGAGGUAAACAACUUGAGAACCGGGUUCAACGACCAGGUGGGAGAAAAUCAACAGCCACAGGAAGAGGCAGAAAACUUGUUCCCGCCUAAGUUGACCAGACGGUACUUCUUGUACUUCAAGCCUCUCAUUACUCAAAACAAGCCGAUGUCGGUGAGAGAAAUCAAAGGAGAGCACAUCGGUAAGUACAUCACAGUGAGAGGUAUUGUCACCAGAGUCUCCGACGUGAAGCCUUCGGUGAUUGUCAACGCGUACACUUGCGACAAAUGUGGAUAUGAGGUGUUCCAAGAAGUCAAUUCCAAGGUUUUCACCCCUUUGAGUGACUGUAAUUCUGCUGUUUGUAAGAAUGAUAACGUCAAAGGACAGUUGUUCAUGUCCACUAGGGCCUCCAAGUUUUCAUCGUUCCAAGAAGUCAAGAUCCAAGAGUCGACCAACCAGGUUCCUGUGGGACAUAUUCCCAGGUCGUUGACAAUCCACGUAAAUGGUGACUUGGUCCGGUGCUUAAACCCAGGAGACGUUGCUGAUAUUUCGGGAAUCUUCUUACCAUCUCCAUACACUGGAUUCAAGGCCUUGAGAGCCGGGUUAUUGACCGAAACGUACUUGGAAGCCCAACACGUCUACCAACAUAAAAAACAGUACGAAAGCUUGGAAAUCACUCCAGCCAUUGAAGCGAAAAUCCAAGACUUGUUUCAGCAAGGAGGUAUCUAUAAUCGGUUGGCCAAGUCCAUUGCUCCCGAAAUAUACGGCCAUUUGGACGUGAAGAAGAUCUUGUUGUUGUUGUUAUGUGGAGGGGUUUCCAAAGAAAUUGGAGACGGGUUGAAGAUCAGAGGUGACAUAAACGUUUGUCUCAUGGGUGAUCCAGGGGUGGCCAAAUCCCAAUUAUUGAAGGCCAUUGGCAAGAUUGCCCCCAGAUCCAUCUACACCACUGGUAGAGGUUCAUCAGGUGUCGGUUUGACGGCAGCGGUGAUGAGGGAUCCUGUCACCGAUGAAAUGGUUUUGGAAGGAGGAGCGUUGGUUUUGGCCGACAACGGGAUCUGCUGUAUCGAUGAAUUUGAUAAAAUGGACGAGAGUGACAGAACUGCCAUUCACGAAGUCAUGGAACAGCAAACGAUUUCUAUUUCCAAGGCCGGUAUCAACACCACCUUGAAUGCCAGAACCUCGAUUUUGGCAGCUGCCAAUCCCUUAUAUGGAAGAUAUAACCCCCGGUUGUCCCCCCACGAAAACAUCAACUUACCGGCGGCGUUGUUGUCGAGAUUUGAUAUCAUGUUCCUUAUGUUGGACCAACCUUCGAGAGAAUCGGAUGAGAAGUUGGCAGCCCACGUCGCCUAUGUUCACAUGCAUAACAAACAACCAGAUAUCGACUUCGAACCAUUGGACCCAGCCACCAUAAGACAGUACAUCUCGAUUGCCCGUACCUAUAGACCGGUUGUUCCCAGAGAGGUGGGUGACUACGUGGUACAAGCCUACAUCAACUUGAGAAAAGAGUCUCGGAGAAAUGAAGGAUCCAUCAAAAAGUUUCAACACAUCACCCCCAGAACCUUGUUGGGUAUUUUGAGAUUAUCGCAGGCAUUGGCCAGAAUUAGAUUCGAUAAUAUUGUUACCAACGAGGAUGUGGAUGAAGCCUUACGGUUGAUUGAAAUUCUGAAGGCUUCGUUGUUCACCGAUGAUCAAAAGUUGAGAGAGGACGACAGUGCCACUACCAAAAUCUAUCAAAUCGUCAGAUCCAUUGCCAUGGGAGAUGGAUCUCAAUUCUCCAAGACCUUGAAGGUGGACGAGUUGCGGCAACGAAUCAUUGCCAAGGGUUAUACCAUUGAGCAAUUUAUGGAUUGUAUCUACGAAUACCAAAGUAUCAACGUUUGGCAGUUGAUCGACGACGAAGACAAAAUCAUGUUCAUUGACGACGGGGAUGAUGUCGAACCUGAAGACAUGCAGUAUUGAGCACUCCAAUUGUACUAAUAAAUAAAGAGCUGUUAGCACAAAGGGUGAGUUGACAUGAGCUCUAUUCAAUUGUACUAAUAUAUAAAGAACGUCACUGUUAGGACAAAGGAUGAGUUGGCAUGAGCUCUAUUCAAUUGUAUACUAAUAAAUAAAUACCAAGAACAAAUGUUUAUAACGGUGACAAGUUAAGCUCUAUUCAAUUGUACUGUAACCCUGUUUGUGUUCCCGCAGGCUGCGCAUGGAUCAACUUCGCAGCUUUUUGCUCUUAUCUGUAAAACACAUUUUAUACUUAGAAAUGCCACUUCGUCGUACCAGGUCCAGAGUGCCGUCCGAAUCCCAGGCCACAGAUACAUACAACACGUUCGAAUUGCAUGGCAUAGCACUAUCGCCGCGCCCUUCUGAACUCGAGUCAAUCGUGUCCAUUAGCUCCAACGACACCAUAGAUAAUGCCCACCACACAAGUACCCCGGCGCCAGGUUCUCCCCAGUCGCAGUGGAUCCGGCCCUUUGUGUACCUCACGUCGGUGGUGCUUGCGAAUCAGGGGUCUGUGGCCCGAGAUCACGUAUGUAUCAUUGAUCACCAAAUGUGUACUUCUUGAUCCACCACAUCAGUACCAUCAAACACGUAACUAGUAUACUAACAGAGCAGAUGGCCAACGAGCGGACGUUCCUCGCGUGGCUCAGAACAGGAGCUAUUUUCGUCACCCUUGCAAUCACCUUUUCCCAAUUUAUCUUCAUCACCAGAGCCGCCGACUCAGUUACUGCCAACGGCGAACAGUAUGAUCUUGAUGAAAGCUUCAAGGCGCAAGUGGCACAAUUGAAUCGGUUCGGAGUGGUGAUAGAGAUCAUGUGCAUGUGUUUGGGGCUAUUCUCCCUUUUGGCAGGAGCCUUCCGGUUCUUUCACAUCCAGACGCUUUUAAUCCAAAAUAGGUUUCCUACGACCCGGCUUGUAAUUCUAUGCAUGGUGGCGACCGCUGCCGUCAUGAUAUCAUUGUUAAUUGUUUUGGAUGUCAAACUUUAUAGGUGAAAAAUCCCAGUCAAUUGUUCGCGUCGUUGAGAAUUAAACUGUUGAUUGUUUUCAAUAUAUCGCCCUAAACACACAAUGUCUGACUAUAUUGCCAACACCGUUCCUCAGUUGAAGGAACUUUUGAAAGCUAGAGGCUUGCCUCUUGACGGGAAGAAGGCUGAUUUGAUUGCCAGAUUAUCUGAAAGUGAUGGAGUGGCUGAGGCUCCUGCCGAGCCUCAGCCUGAAAUAGAGGCCACUCCAGCGGAACCUAAACCCAAAGACCCAAGUCCCGUGGCAGAGGGAGAGACUGCUGUACUGGCCCCAGCCGCGACUGAGGCAGUGGUAGAGAAGCCAAAGGUCUUGACACCAGAAGAAAGAAAGCUGCUCGCAGUGGACUUAUUAACAAAGAAGAUAAAGAGAGCUGAAAAGUUCGGAGAUGAAGCUUCUGCUGAAGCCUCCAGAAAGGACUUGGCCCGAAUUGAGAAGUUUGGGGUUGAGCCGGGUACCACGUUGGCGAAGGAAAUAGGUUUGGUUGAUAAGAGCUUCAACAGUGGUCUUGCAGAGCGGCUGUUUAAGAAGAAGAAGAACACUAAGUUUAAGAAGUUCAAUCGUCGGAACUAGAAACAGACGUUAGUUAUUGCUGCAAAAAUAGGUAUAUUAAUAGUAGAACUAUAUAAUGCUGGAAUCAAUAAUCAUAAGUUCUUUUCGUCAACUGCCAACAGAUGUUGUCCCUUAAUCCAGAGCAAGAGCAUGCCAAUUCUCGUUACUCCUCAUGUAAUAAUUUUUUGUUAAAUUGAAUUUACUGUUAUGGCUGAGACUACCCGGUGCAUGUUUCCGAAGCCGACUUGCAUAAGGUACUUCCUCAUAAGAUAUUACAUGUUCUCGGCAAAUUAGGGUAGGCACCUUUAUGUCGUUUUGGAGUUCACUGUUCAAGCUCCCUAUGUUUAACCCCACAAACGUUUUCAAGCCACUGAGUUCGACAUGCAAACAUUUUUCCUCUCUUUUGUUGAGUAAGGUUGGCUAAGCUAGGUGUUUUAUCAGGCCCAAACGCAAAAGCCUUUGACAACAAUGCCAAGAAUAAAAUGAUUACAAUAGACUCCCUUCAUUGUGGCA